UGCGGGCGGGCGCACUUUCUCCUCAGCGCCGGGCGGGGGCGGCGGCGGCGGCGGCGGCGGCUCCUCAGCUCCUGCCGGACCCCUCGGAGCGAUAACGGCGGGGCCGGGUGCUCCGACUGCGGCAGGCUCGGGACUGCGUGAGCGCCCAACGUGAAUUUCCCCCGCUGACAACUUCUCGUCCGGCUUGUCCCCGGCCCGCGCCGCGCCCCUCACGCGGGGACCCGGGACGCCGCCCCUCAGCGCCAGGCUGCCGCUCACCUCGGGCCGGGGGCUGCCGCACCGCCCGAGGAGUGGCCGCGCCCGCCCGAAGCCGUCCCGCCUGUCCUGCCUGCCCGUCUGUCCGGCGCGGCGCUCGGGGUGGCGGCUGGUCGACAUGGCCCGGGGCAGCCGGCCCUCGGCGGCCGGUGGUGGCGGCGGCGGCGGCGCGGAGCCCCCUGAGCGCGCGGGCCCUGGGCGGCCGCGGAGAUCCUCGCCCGACCGUGUCCACCCCGCGCUGGCAUCGCGCCUCGGCCCUGAGUCCCCGGGACCCCGCGCGGCGCCCGAGACCACCGGCCGGGACUCGGCGGGCGCAGGGCGGCGCGGCAGGCAGCUGGCGGCAAAGUUGGGGCCGGGGCGCUACGGCUGGUGGGCGCUACUGGCGCUGCAGCUGCACUUGCUCCGGGCGCUGGCGCAAGAUGAUGUUGCUCCAUAUUUUAAAACGGAGCCCGGCCUACCACAGAUCCACCUGGAAGGGAACCGCCUUGUUCUUACCUGCCUUGCUGAAGGGAGCUGGCCUUUGGAGUUCAAGUGGAUGCACGAUGACAGUGAGCUCACCACCUACAGCAGCGAAUAUAAGUAUAUUAUUCCAUCUCUGCAGAAGCUCGAUGCUGGGUUUUACCGCUGUGUGGUGCGAAACAGAAUGGGAGCACUCCUGCAAAGAAAAUCAGAAGUUCAUGUCGCAUAUAUGGGAAAUUUCAUGGAUACGGACCAGAGGAAAACAGUUUCUCAAGGACAUGCAGCAAUUCUAAACCUGCUACCCAUCACCAGCUACCCCAGACCUCAAGUGACUUGGUUUAGAGAAGGGCACAAGAUUAUUCCAAGCAACAGAAUAGCCAUCACAUUGGAGAAUCAGCUGGUGAUCCUUGCCACGACACCUAGUGACACUGGGGCAUACUACGUGCAGGCUGUGAAUGAGAAGAACGGAGAAAACAAGACAAGCCCAUUCAUUCAUUUGAGCAUAGCAAGAGAUAUUGGCACACCUGAAACGAUGGCCCCCACCAUUGUGGUUCCCCCGGGCAACAGAAGUGUGGUGGCUGGAUCCAGUGAGACCACCUUGGAAUGCAUAGCCAGUGCCAGACCUGUGGAGGAGCUGAGUGUGACCUGGAAGAGGAAUGGAGUGAGAAUCACCAGUGGCCUCCACAACUUUGGAAGACGCCUCACCAUCAGCAACCCGACGUCUGCAGACACUGGGCUGUACGUCUGCGAGGCGGCGCUACGCGGGAGUGCUUUUGAACCAGCCAGGGCGAAGGCCUUUCUUUUCAUCAUAGAGCCACCGUAUUUUACUGCUGAGCCUGAGAGUCGGAUUUCAGGGGAAGUAGAAGAAACCGUGGACAUCGGAUGUCGAGCCAUGGGGGUCCCCCUUCCCACCCUCCAGUGGUACAAGGAUGCUGUCUCCAUCAGCAAGCUCCAGAAUCCUCGAUACAAAGUCCUCGCCAGUGGAGGCCUGCGUAUCCAGAAGCUGCAUCCAGAGGACUCUGGAAUCUUCCAGUGCUUUGCCAGUAAUGAAGGAGGGGAGAUCCAGACCCACACCUACCUGGAUGUAACCAAUAUCGCUCCAGUGUUCACCCAGCAGCCAGCAGACACCACGGUGACCGACGGGAUGACAGCCAUUCUAAGGUGUGAGGUGUCCGGGGCUCCCAAACCUGCCAUCACCUGGAAAAGAGAAAACCACAUUCUGGCCAGUGGCUCUGUCCGGAUUCCUAGGUUCAUGCUUCUUGAAUCUGGGGGUCUGCAGAUCACACCCGUCUUCAUCCAGGAUGCCGGCAACUACACCUGCUAUGCAGCCAACACAGAGGGCUCCCUGAACGCAUCGGCCAUGCUCACCGUGUGGAAUCGAACAUCCAUCGUCCACCCUCCUGAGGACCACGUGGUGAUCAAGGGGACCACGGCCACCCUGCGCUGUGGAGCCAUGCAUGACCCCCGGGUUUCGCUCCGCUAUGUUUGGAAGAAGGACAACGUGGUCCUGACUCCAUCGAGCACAUCUAGGAUCAUGGUGGAGAAGGACGGGUCCCUCCUCAUCAGCCAGACAUGGUCAGGUGACAUCGGCGACUAUACCUGUGAUAUUGUUUCUGAAGGAGGGAACGAUUCCAGGAUGGCCCGGCUGGAAGUGAUUGAACUGCCUCAUUCACCUCAGAACCUCCUGGCCAGCCCUAAUUCUUCCCACAGCCAUGCCGUGGCGCUCUCUUGGGUCCGGCCCUUUGAUGGAAACAGUCCUAUUCUUUAUUACAUCGUGGAGCUGUCUGAAAACAACUCUCCGUGGAAAGUGCAUCUGUCAAACGUUGACCCUGAGAUGACAGGCGUCACCGUGAGUGGCCUGACUCCAGCUCGCACCUAUCAGUUCCGCGUAUGCGCAGUGAAUGAAGUGGGCAGGGGCCAGUACAGUGCUGAGACAAGCAGGUUGAUGCUACCUGAAGAACCACCCAGUGCUCCCCCCAAAAAUAUAGUAGCUAGUGGGCGCACCAACCAGUCCAUUAUGGUCCAGUGGCAGCCACCCCCAGAAACAGAGCACAAUGGGGUGCUGCGUGGAUAUAUCCUCAGGUACCGCCUGGCCGGCCUUCCCGGAGAGUACCAGCAGCGGAACAUCACCAGCCCAGAGGUGAACUACUGCCUGGUGAUGGACCUGAUCAUCUGGACACAGUAUGAGAUACAGGUGGCAGCAUACAAUGGAGCCGGCCUCGGCGUCUUUAGCAGGGCAGUCACCGAGUACACCUUGCAAGGAGUGCCCACUGCACCCCCGCAGAAUGUGCAGACGGAAGCCGUGAACUCCACCACCAUUCAGUUCCUGUGGAAUCCUCCACCUCAGCAGUUCAUCAACGGCAUCAACCAGGGAUACAAGCUUCUAGCAUGGCCAGCAGAUGCCCCCGAGGCUGUCACUGUCAUCACCAUUGCCCCAGAUUUCCACGGAGUCCACCAUGGGCACAUAACAAACCUGAGGAAGUUCACUGCCUAUUUCACUUCAGUUCUGUGCUUCACCACCCCUGGGGAUGGGCCUCCAAGCACACCUCAGCUCGUCUGGACUCAUGAAGACAAGCCAGGAGCUGUGGGACAUCUGAGUUUCACGGAGAUUCUGGACACAUCUCUCAAGGUCAGCUGGCAAGAGCCCCUGGAGAAAAAUGGCAUCAUUACAGGCUACCAGAUCUCCUGGGAGGUAUAUGGCAGGAAUGAUUCUCGUCUCAUGCACACCCUGAAUAGCACAACACACGAGUACAAGAUCCAAGGCCUCUCAUCUCUCACCACCUACACCAUCGAUGUGGCCGCUGUGACUGCCGUGGGCACUGGCCUGGUGACGUCAUCCACCAUUUCUUCUGGAGUGCCCCCAGACCUUCCUGGUGCUCCAUCCAACCUGGUCAUUUCCAACAUCAGCCCUCGCUCUGCCACCCUUCAGUUCCGGCCAGGCUAUGAUGGGAAAACGUCCAUCUCCAGAUGGAUUGUCGAGGGCCAGGUGGGAGCUAUCGGCGAUGAGGAGGAGUGGGUCACCCUCUAUGAAGAAGAGAAUGAGCCUGAUGCCCAGACGCUGGAGAUCCCAAACCUCACACCCUAUACUCACUACAGAUUUCGAAUGAAGCAAGUGAACAUUGUUGGGCCCAGCCCCUACAGUCAGUCUUCCCGCGUCAUCCAGACCCUGCAGGCCCCACCCGAUGUGGCUCCAGCCAGCGUCACGGUCCGGACUGCCAGUGAGACCAGUCUUCGGCUUCGCUGGGUGCCCCUGCCUGAUUCUCAGUACAAUGGGAACCCCGAGUCCGUGGGCUACAGGAUUAAAUAUUGGCGCUCAGACGUCCAGUCUUCAGUACUGGCCCAAGUCGUCAGUGACCGGCUGGAGAGGGAGUUCACCAUCGAGGAGCUGGAGGAGUGGAUGGAAUACGAGCUGCAGAUGCAGGCCUUCAAUGCCGUUGGGGCCGGGCCAUGGAGCGAGGUGGUGCGGGGCCGGACGCGGGAGUCAGUUCCUUCAGCCGCCCCUGAAAACGUGUCAGCUGAGGCUGUCAGCUCAACCCAGAUUUUACUGACGUGGGCUUCUGUGCCAGAGCAGGACCAGAAUGGACUCAUACUGGGCUACAAGAUUCUGUUCCGGGCCAAAGACCUGGAUGCAGAGCCCAGGAGUCACGUGGUGCGAGGGAACCACACGCAGUCGGCGCUGCUGGCAGGCCUGCGCAAGUUUGUGCUCUACGAGCUCCAGGUGCUGGCGUUCACCCGCAUCGGGAACGGGGUCCCCAGCACGCCCCUCAUCCUGGAGCGCACCAAGGAUGACGCCCCAGGCCCACCAGUGAGGCUUGUGUUCCCCGAAGUGAGACUCACCUCCGUGCGGAUCGUGUGGCAACCUCCAGAGGAACCCAACGGCAUUAUCCUGGGGUACCAGAUUGCCUACCGCCUGGCCAGCAGCAGCCCCCACACCUUCACCACCGUGGAGGUUGGUGCCACAGUGAGGCAGUUCACAGCCACUGACCUGGCCCCAGAGUCCGCAUACAUCUUCAGGCUGUCGGCCAAGACGAGGCAGGGCUGGGGGGAGCCGCUGGAGGCCACCGUCAUCACCACCGAGAAGAGAGAGCGGCCAGCGCCCCCCAGAGAGCUUCUGGUGCCCCAGGCAGAAGUGACCGCACGCAGCCUCCGGCUCCAGUGGGUUCCGGGCAGCGAUGGGGCCUCCCCCAUCCGGUACUUCACUGUGCAGGUGCGAGAGCUUCCCCGGGGGGAGUGGCAGACCUUCUCCUCGUCCAUCAGCCACGAGGCCACAGCCUGCAUCGUCGAAAGGCUAAGGCCCUUCACCUCCUACAAGCUGCGCCUGAAGGCCACCAAUGACAUUGGGGACAGUGACUUCAGUUCGGAGACAGAGGCGGUGACAACACUGCAGGAUGUUCCAGGAGAGCCCCCAGGAUCUGUAUCAGCAACACCGCAUACCACAUCCUCUGUCCUGAUACAGUGGCAGCCUCCGAGGGACGAAAGCCUGAACGGCCUUCUUCAGGGAUACAGAAUCUACUACCGGGAGCUGGAGUACGAGGCUGGGUCAGGCACCGAGGCCAAGAUGCUCAAAAGCCCUAUAGCUUUACGCGCUGAGCUCACAGCCCAAAGCAGCUUCAAGACAGUGAACAGCAGCUCCACAUCGACGAUGUGUGAAUUAACACAUUUAAAGAAGUACCGGCGUUAUGAAGUGAUAAUGACUGCUUAUAACAUCAUCGGCGAGAGCCCAGCCAGCACACCGGUGGAAGUCUUUGUUGGCGAGGCCGCCCCUGCCAUGGCCCCACAGAACGUGCAGGUGACCCCGCUCACGGCCAGCCAGCUGGAGGUCACAUGGGACCCACCACCCCCGGAGAGCCAGAACGGGAACAUCCAAGGCUACAAGAUUUACUACUGGGAGGCAGACAGCCAGAACGAAACGGAGAAAACAAAGGUCCUGUUCCUCCCUGAGCCCGUGGUGAGGCUGAAGAACCUGACCAGCCACACCAAGUACCUGGUCAGCAUAUCAGCCUUCAACGCUGCCGGAGAUGGGCCCAGGAGUGACCCCCGACAAGGGCGCACCCACCAGGCUGCCCCUGGGGCCCCCAGCUUUCUGGCGUUCUCAGAAAUAACCUCCACCACACUCAACGUCUCCUGGGGCGAGCCUGUGGCAGCCAACGGCAUCCUGCAGGGCUAUCGGGUGGUGUACGAGCCGUUGGCCCCUGUCCAAGGGGUGAGCAAGGUGGUGACCGUGGAAGUGAGAGGGAACUGGCAGCGCUGGCUGAAGGUGCGGGACCUCACCAAGGGGGUGACCUAUUUCUUCCGUGUCCAAGCUCGGACCAUCACCUACGGGCCUGAGCUCCAAGCCAAUGUCACAGCCGGGCCGGCCGAGGGGUCCCCGGGGUCCCCUAGAGAUGUCCUGGUCACCAAGUCUGCCUCUGAGCUGACCUUGCAAUGGACAGAGGGACAUGCUGGCGACACACCUACCACAGGCUACGUCAUCGAGGCCCGGCCCUCAGAUGAAGGCUUAUGGGACAUGUUUGUGAAGGACAUCCCGCGGAGUGCCACAUCCUACACCCUCAGCCUGGAUAAGCUCCGGCAAGGAGUGACUUACGAGUUCCGGGUGGUGGCUGUGAAUGAGGCAGGCUACGGGGAGCCCAGCAGCCCCUCCAUGGCCGUAUCAGCUCAAGUGGAAGCCCCGUUCUACGAGGAGUGGUGGUUCCUCCUGGUGAUGGCUCUGUCCAGCCUGAUCGUCAUCCUGCUGGUGGUGUUUGCCCUCGUCCUGCACGGGCAGAAUAAAAAGUACAAGAACUGCAGCACAGGAAAGGGCAUCUCCACCAUGGAGGAGUCUGUGACCCUGGACAAUGGAGGAUUUGCUGCCCUGGAGCUCAGCAGUCGCCACCUCAAUGUCAAGAGCACCUUCUCCAAGAAGAACGGGACCAGGUCCCCACCCCGGCCGAGCCCCGGCGGCCUGCACUACUCAGACGAGGAUAUCUGCAACAAGUACAACGGCACCGCGCUGACUGAGAGCGUGAGCCUCAAGGAGAAGUCGGCGGAUGUGUCAGAAUCCGAGGCUACCGACUCCGACUACGAGGAGGCACUGCCCAAGCACUCGUUCGUGAACCACUACAUGAGCGACCCCACCUACUACAACUCGUGGAAGCGCCGGGCCCAGGGCCGCGCACCUGCGCCACACAGGUACGAGGCGGUGGCUGGCGCCGAGGCAGGCGCGCAGCUGCACCCGGUCAUCACCACGCAGAGCGCUGGCGGCGUCUACACCCCAGCUGGCCCUGGCGCGCGGACUCCGCUCACCGGCUUCUCCUCCUUCGUGUGAGCGCUGUGCCGCGCCUCCCUCAGGUCGGAACGGAGGCGAACUUUGCGGAGUCUAUUUUUGUUGAGACAAUCAACUCCAAUAACUAAGCUGAAGUUUUUGUUUAAAAAAAAUUCUGAUAAGUGAUGAUUUUACCUACUGUGGACACUAGAUUUCAAUUAGGAAGAUUUUUUUAAAUGGCUUUUUGUAACAUCGCUGCAGGAAGCAGGUUUCUUUCUUUUUCUUUUCUUUUUAAGAGAAGGUGUAUCUCACUGGUGCAAUGGCUUGGCACCUCCGGGGCCUGGGAGGAUCUCAGACCUCCCCAGCCCUGGGUUUCUCCGUCUUCAAGACCAACUAGGAAGGCUCAAGCAGGGAGAGGGAGUGGAGAGUCAGGUGACAUCUCAGAGCUGCCCCGGCUGGUCCCUGUCUCUUUCUACCUCCUCUUCCAGAGAACCAGCGCUCACACUCUUCUCAACACAGGACACCCUGGCUCGCAGCUCACUCCUGGGGUCUGAAAAGCGAACGUUUUUCCCUGGGCUCACGCUUUUUGUCCCAACUUCAUCCGUUUCUGAAAAUGUUCUCACUCAGCCGUUUCUAGGCAAGGAUUCAGCUUUCAGGUUCCUGACGGCCAGGCAGGGAUGUUCAGGUGUGACCCAGCUGCCACUGUCUUCAUCACUGCCAUGGUGCGGUCUUGAGGCUCUUCUGCCUGUCCUUCCUCCUUCCUUCCCACCUGACAGGGUGGGAGCCACACCGGCCCUCUCCUCCCCACAACACAGCACACGGCCAACUCCACGGGACACGAGAACACAGGAUGGCAUCUCCAGGAUUGCUUGUUACGUAGGAAGUGCGCAUUGUUAACCAGAGUAUUUUUUAAAUCUUUUUAUCUUUUUUUAAACAAUGUCACAUGAAAUGAAUUCGUCUUUGCUGUCUCCAGGUGCCUUUUUAUUCAUUGUUCAGCUUUGUAUGUGGAAAAGAUGAAAAGCAACAGUGUCUGCAAAUAAAGCAAAACAGCUCUGAGAAUACAUGCUCCCGACUUGCCUCGUGCACACCAGGCCGCCCCCUCCCUCUGUCCUGCCUCCCUCGGCUGCCACUGUUUCUCCACCACUGGUGCUGCUGCUGCCUGCUCUCCCAGUCUGAGGCCAGCUUUUAGCCUUAACAGGUUUUCCAGAAACAUUUUUUUUUCUUUAAUCAUCCUUGUUUGGUUUAAAUCUUUUGGCUAGAUGAAAAUAGUAUGAACUGCUUUGGAAAACUUAACAGUCCAGGCAUGGCCAUGCCUCCAGCCCCUCAACAUCAUUUUUGCAACAGAUGACUGGGCUGCGGUAGUCCACCCCUCAGCCUGGGGCCUGGGUCUGGAUGGAAUGGGUGCCCUGCUGGUGCUCAUGGGCAUGUGUGCUCCAGGUCCCUGUAAGUGCCCCCAAGUGCCCCCAUACCAGCAGAAGCAUGACACACACAAGAUUCAAGAUCACUGUCAAUGCCCCACUGUGCACUGUGAAUGGCAGGUGCUGUUCCCCCAGUGACCUGAGGUUAGGGGACAGCUGAGCAGUAUCUGGCCAGUGCCACCAGGGGCCAUUCUCCUGGCCACGUGCAGACAGUGUGGCCUCCCAGAUGUCUUGUGCACCUCUAUGGGCAGAGGGUUUGGAUAUUGUCUGGAUUCUCUGCUGUCAGCGUUGCUAGGUGUGGCCCCAGGAGACUAAGGAGUGUUGUGUGGGGUGGAAACCCCUUUCAGUCCUUCCAAAAUUAGACAGUAUGCAAAGUUUCCUUUUUCUCUCUCUCCUCUCCUCCUUCCUUUCCUUUCUUCCUCCCUCCCUCUCUUCCUCCCCCACUUCUGCCCUCCCUUCCUCCUUUCCUUCCUUCCUCCCUCCCUCUUUUCUUUCCUUCCUCCCCCCCUUCUUCCAUCCCUUCCUCCCUCCCCAUUCCUUCUUCCUUUUCUCCUCCCUUUUCUGAGUGGAGGGGGAAAUAUUCUUCUAAGCCAAAAAUCCUAGAUGCUCUGCCCAAAGCCACUUCCGCGUGAGAAUUGCAGCCCACAGUUCUCUGGACAGGACUCGCCUCAGCGGACAGAGCUGCGUCCUACUUCUCAGCCCCGGAGAGGGCGUAAUGGGCAGGAAGCCAGGAUGUAAGUACUGGAAUUUCUCAGAAGAGAAUCGAUAAACGGAGAACAAGGACAGCGCUGCCUUCUGUGCGCUCAGACUGCUCCCUUCAGCCGUAAGGAUGUGGCUGCAAAUGCCCAGGAGAGAGGUUGAGGAUGACCAGGUUCAAGGUGUGUUUCACUCUCGGGUUUUCGAUACAACAUCAUGACACUUUCGUUUCAAACUCGUGUUUUCUGUCUCCCUCCACUCUUAGUAAACCUUGAUUUGUACGGGGUGUACCAUCUGAGGCUGUGCUGGCCUCCUGGCUGCUGCUGGACUGUGCUUGGGAUGGUGCCCACACCCAUCACUCAGAGCGACCCUGUCCCAUGAGACCCACCUGUGCGAAGGAACAGCAUUGGGUGUUUCCAGGUUGAUUUCAGCCUUUUAGAGCAAUACGGCCUUUGAGAAGCAUCUAUUCCUCACUCCUCAUCUUCAGGGAAGGGAAAGAAAAUCACACCCUAGGAAGAUGGAUAUUGUAUUUUAAUCUCGGUUUUGAAAAGAGGUCGAGCAAAAUGUCUCUAAGCCAGCCUAGGCGGAACGUACUCCCGCUCUCUCCUGCUUCGUGACGGCAGUGGCUGAGUCUCCCCACCCCCCACACCUACCCCCUAAUCCCACCCCACUCCCCCACCCCUGAUGCAGUUCAUUUCAGAUUGUUUGGCCCUGUGAGGAUGUGGUUACGGAGGGCCAAGGAGGCUCCGUGUGAGCCACGGGGAUGGGUGUGUAGAGCUCCCUCCUCCUCGGGCACCAGGACACAGGUUCCAGGCAGGUGAGCUGAGAGCUGCUAGGCCAUGUCCCCUCCACCUCCUGCUCGGCCACCUUCUGGGUGAAUUGGUCCAGCCCAAGCCCCUCUCCCCAGCCUCCCCUUCAGCUUCUCUCCAUGCCUGCUUUUAUAAGGCACACUUAAUUCAAUGCCAUAGCAAAAUAAUGAGGGUCAGGGGAGAGGAGGCACAGACAGCCACUGCGCAAAAGGUGCCUCCACAGCCGCAGGAGGUGGCUCACUCCGUACGGUUCUCCGGAGGCCAUGCUUGUAUCUGACUGCGACUGGGCUGAAGCAUGGUGUUUGCGUAACAGCUAGCUGCAUGGUUUUUAUUUCUUAUGCAUUCAUGGCACACAGUGUAGCUGUGUGUGUUCUCCCAAUGAGCAACCCGUCUAUGUUCCUAAGUGUGGCUCCCUGUCAGUCCGUGUCCCUGUAGCAUGGAUCCAGUCUGAAAGGUGAGGACAAGUGGAAACCCCUGAGCUGAGCUCGCCCGCUGGGACACAUCUGCUUCCCGUGUCACCUUCUGGUUUAGGGAGUGCCCCAGUCAGCCCUGAAGUGUUCCCUACAACAUUUUCUGAAAUUGUGCAGAAAACCAGAUCUCAUUUUAAAAAAAAGAAAAAGAAAAAAAUAAACAACUUGUAGGAAGACAGAGAGGUGCUAUGGGUACAAUUUUUAAUAAAAACAUUAUUUUGUUCCUUAAGCGCUUGUGGUUUUCUUCAAGUGUGGAUGGAGUGAGUCGGGAGGCCUUAGGAACCUUCUCAAAUUCUAAGGUUGUAAAUAUGAACCACUGGCACUUCACUCAAAGAUGAACCACUCCCUUCACCCCAGUACUGUACUGGACCCCUCUGCCUUCCCCCACACACCCUUACCUUUACCAGAGCCCAUCCUGUUGACGUGCAGGUGUGUACAGGCAGUGAGCAUCCCCCUGAUUGGAGCUGAGGUCGGAGUGAAAACAACUUCACACCCUUGCAGGGUGGCCUGAAGCAGGCAGCACAGAGCCUGAGCCAGGGAGACCUUCUGCCUGAACCAGCAGCAUUCCUAGGGCCAGCCCAACUCCACCCACCACCUGGCUGGACCACCAGAGACUUCACAGGUGCCCGGAAGGGGAAGAACAGCUCAGAGCCAAACUUUGCCUUGGGUGGGGGAAGCGGAGCUGUGAGCAAGAUGGCCUUCCCCUCCUAAGGGGUCUGGCCACACCAUAGUUUGUCAGGCUCCAGGUGUGCUCUGGGAAUGAGACGAGGCCAUUUCCCUUCCCUUUCAGAAGUGGAAUUUUCCUUGAUUCUUUCCUUUUAAGAGACAGGAUCUCACCCUAUUUCCCAGGAUGGAGUGCAACGGUAUAAUCAUAGCUCACUGCAAUGCUCAUCUCCUGGGCUUGAGUGAUCCUCCCGCCUCAGCCUCCCUAAGUGCUGGGACUGCAGGGUACCUGCAGCGGAAUUUUCAAAGGCAUCUGCCAAUCACUGAGGGAACCCUGGGCUUCUGUGAAACACAGGGCCCCUGUGGCUGCAGUGCUGGGGCCACCAGGAGGAAGCACAGCUGCCCCCUUGUCACCCACAGGCUUUAGGGUCUCAGUGGCCCAGGAACGUUAGGAAUCUCAGUGUCCAGGCCACACGCAGGCCAGUUAAAUCAGAGUCUCUGGGGAUUGGGUGCAGACAUCCGAUUUGUUUUGAAAGCUCCGAAAGUGAUUCCAAUGCAGCAAGGAAGCCAUGCUGCCUGGAGGAGGGGCUGGGGAGGGGCCAGGGUCUGACCUUGCCAACAUUGCCCUUUUGCUCCGGAAGCAGUCACUGCCACUGAUAAGCCCCAGGUAAGAACACUUUCAUUUUCUCACCAUGGCCAGCCUACAUCCUACCACAAAUCUGCACAUUUUCCACCAUCUCCAAUAUUUCAGAAGUUGCAGCUGCUGUGGGGAAGGUUGACAUUUACUGAACGCAUACCGUGUGCCAGAUGGUAUUCUGUGCUCUUGUUAGUCCACAGAACUCCCUCCAGGACCCUGUGAGGUAGGUACAGUGGCAGUCCCAUUUUGUAGAUGAGGAAAUGCACCCAGAGUGGUGAAGCCAUCUGCUCGGGGGUAACCAGCUGGCCAGGGACAGAUCAGCUCUGAACCUGGGCAGCUGGGGGCUCCAGAGCCUGGUCCCUGGGUCUGACCACUGCACAGCACUGCCUCCUACGAGGCUGUCUGCGGUCACCCUGAGAUCUGUGGGCUAUUAUCCUGAGAGGAGGCAGGCACCUCUCCCUACAGCUCGGAGCCUGGCGUCUUUACUGAGACUUCUCGGGCUGAACAUACAUGCUGCUCAGAAGAUUUUCUUUUCCCCACAUCAUCCUCAAGGCAUAAGGAUAAGUUAUGCACAACCCAUCAUUACUACUAUUGUUGAAAAGUUCAUGGGAGAAAGUUUUAAAUGCAACUGGUUAGCCCAGAGAAAUGAACCACGCUGUCUUGUUGGAUGAAGAUUAGAUCAGAAUACCUCCACAAGGCCAGGCACCGUGGCUCACGCCUGUAAUCCCAGCACUUUAAGAGGCCAAGGCGGGCGGAUCACGAGGUCAGGAGAUUGAGACCAUCCUGGCCAACAUGGUGAAACCUGAUCUCUACUAAAAUACAGGACAGGACUCUCCUGUGUACCUUGGUUUAUACCACAGCCAGGCAAGACCCACAGUGCCAAAAAAUGGCAGAUGAAGACGUGGCUCUGAGGUGGGCGACGAGGUCUUUCCAUUCUUCCCAAGAAAAUCAAAAUUCCGCACAGUUCCGCCAGUGUCUGCUAAAUACGCGGUUAGGUUUUAGAGGUUUGGUCUUUGUCAGGAAGUGGAACCACGUGCAGAAACUUUAUUUGGGAGCCACAGAAGCCUUUGCAAACCUUCCGAUGAGGCAGCUGUUUUUCUGAAAUGGUUGGCUCGCCGGAUGCUUAUUUUAAAAGGAUUUGAGCGUGUCUGUGGAUUUGCACAAGUACCUCAGGAUUUGCCAGAAAUUCUUUCCCUUUAAUGGCUCAAGUCAAUUAACAGCCAGCAUGGGUGAAAAUUCCAAGCUGUGAAUUCUGGACUCUGUGGUCUUAAAACACCCUGCUUCUCCUCAGAUAAGACAAUAUUCUGCAGUCAUUAAGCAAACCACUAUAUUAUGGGGCUAAAUUGCAUCCAGACUCAAAUAUUUUUAUUACAAAAAAAGUCAUAUUUCUGAGGAAUUUUGAAAAUGCAUCCGUGUCUGUGGGAUUCUCCAGCUGCUACCGAUAGAUUUGGCCUGCAGACCUCGUGGGUCCAGAGAGCCCCAUGGGGUCCCCAAAGGGAGGCCAAGAAGCGAAUCCCAUCCCCCUGGUGGAGUCCCAGGUUUGCAGGGAUGGGUCCCUCUCCUCUCUCUGUCUUAGGGAACAUUUUGCAAGGAUGUUGAGAGCCAGAGAAUUAGAGAAUCUGGGACUUGCUUGCUGCAGAGGCGAGGUAUGGCAGAAACCUGGUGGAGAUCCAGCAAGUCCCUUGGAAGGUCUCCGAAGUCAUCUCUCUUGGGGAUGGGCCACUCAGCCUCCCAGUGGACCCCCUGCAGAGCCCCCAGCACAGGUGUGGCCUGGCCUGGGCUCCCUCACUGCACCCUCUCCCACCCAUUGCUCCUACUUUCUCCACCAGUGAUGCCUUUCCCUUCUCUGCACUUCCUGCUUAGCCCAGGCUCAGUCCCUUCCUCAAGAACCACAGGAACCACUCCUUCCCACCCCCAACAGUUCCAGCCAGCCUGGUCCCCCCCAUCCCCAACCACCCACUGUCUCAGGAAGGCCACACCCUGGGACCUUGUUCCUUCAUGAUUUUUGCCUCCGCCCCAUGACCAGGCCAUGAGUCCCGUGAGGUUACAGUUUGUCCUUUCUUCCUUGUUUGCACACCCCAAUACCAACUCUGACGUAGAAUCCCCACAUGCUGGGUGCUUCAGGGAGAUGGCAGCACGUCGGAUGCUACCUGCCUUACAGCCUGCCUGUAACCAAACUCUGGGGCCAUGGUAGGGGCACAGCAAUCUCCAAGUCAUACCAUUAAGUGCAAAAUAAGCAUGCUUCCAUUUGUGUGUGAGUGUAUGUAUAUGUGUAUGUGGGUUGUAUAUGUGUAUAGAACAUGCAUGCAGGGUGGACACAGAUGUACACUCCCUAAACCCCUGUCAAUAAAGGGCAUAAUACCAUGUGGCAGAGAAGGCCUCCAGUGCCUUCAGGAUUUGCCUCAGCUACAGAGAGUUGCCUUACCCAAGGACUCAUUCUUCCAGGAGCAUCCACAUCUCUGGCUGACGGAAGUGGGCAUAUCAAGGAAGGCCUGGCCAUUUUAGCUGGACAGGGAAUAACUCUGGUGGGACAGGUUUACCCUGAAGCUCCCAGGGAGUUGGGCCAAGGUUCUGCCAGGCCCACCGCAUGGCUGAACUCUGCCCAAUACUGUCCUUCCUCCCUCCAUAAGUGUGGACCCUGAUGCAAACCCUGUAUGCCAUAUUCCCUCUGAGGGCCACUUUUAGAGACCUGCUCUGUAACACAUGGAAAGGGCUGCCUUAGAACCAGGCCGGUCCCUGUCAGGGAACUCCUCUUCCCUGGACUUGCCUGACCUGCCAGUGAGGCCAGUACUCCUGGAUUUUGGGGAUCUGCUGAAAUGUCUGCCACACAUGCAAAGUCAUGUGAGAAAGGAAAUGUCUUCGUAGUAUACUACAUGGCUCAGUUGUCGGUGGUAUUUAAGUAGCCGUUAUAUGUUGAACUUUGUGUAUUGAUUUGUUCACAAAUUGUGAUAUAACUCUGUUGGGAAGUGAGGGAGGGCAAUGUUUGUAAUGUCUGUGAACAGGGUGAGGGCUAAGACUUACAAUUCCUGACUGAGGAGUCAUAAACUGUUAAAAAAAAAAAAAGGAUCAAAAAUGAUCAAAGUCACAGCACAAGCACAGUACUUAGAAAGAUGAGGGCCAGGCACAGUGGUGCACACCUGUAAUCUCAGCACUUUGAGAGGCCCAGGUGGGCAGAUCACAAGGUCAGGAGUUUGAGACCAGCCUGGCCAACAUGGUGAAACCCCAUUUCUAUUAAAAACACCAAAAUUACCCAGGUGUGAUGGCACAUACCUGUAGUCCCAGCCACUGUGGAGGCUGAGACAGGAGAAUUGCUUAAACCCAGGGGACAGAGGUUGCAGUGAGCCAAGAUAGUGCCACUGCACUCUAGCCUGGGCAACAGAGCAAGACUCCAUCUCAGAAAAAAAAAAAAGAAAGAAAGAAAGAAAGAUGAGAAUAAAUACAAGAUUAAGUAGUUAAAGGAAUUGGAAGUGAUAGCCUAGGAUGCAGAGUCAGGGCUGCAGGGCUGUGGCAGGGUAAGCAGACCUGGAGCAGAGACCACGCAAGCGACCCUCAGCUUUUAUGACAUGUUUUCUUAUACUGUUUGACUUUCACAUAUGUUACUUUCAUUUAAAAAAUAAUUAAAAGAGAAAAAAAGCAGGCAUCUUGUUGUUUUUCCUUAUGUAAGACUUGAAACAACCUAAAUGUCCAUCUGAAGGGGAUUUAGAAAAUGAAUUAUGCUACUCCACGCAUGGGAACCCAUGCGUUUAAUAGAAUAAGAUGGGCCAGGCACAGUGACUCAGGCCUAUAAUCCCAGCACUUUGGGAGGCCAAGGCAGAUGGAUCACCUGAGGUCAGGAGAUCAAGACCAUCCUGGUUAACAUGGUGAAACUCCAUCUCUACUAAAAAUAUAAAAAAUUAGCCAGGCAUGGUGGUACACACCUGUAGUCCCAGCUACUCGGGAAAAGGAAGGAGAAUCACUUCAACCCAGGAGGCAGAGGUUGCAGUGAGCCAGGAUUGUACCACUGCACUCCAGCCUGGGUGACAGAGCGAGACUCCAUCUCAAAAAAAAAAGGAAUGAAAUGGGAUUACAUGCAUGAAGACAGCCAUCUCCUUAUGUGUGUGUAAACACACAUACAUAUGCUAGAAAGAGUAGAAACCAUCUCUGGAAAGAUGAACAAGAAAUUGGUAACAGGGGUUGCCUCUAGAAAGAAGAACAAAAGGAAAAGAACUAGAGUGGAGACUAGCCUUCACACUGCUUGCAUUUCUCACCAUGGACAUGUGUUAUUCUUCCCGAUAAAAAGGAGAAAACCUGAGAUGCCCAGGCAUCCAGGCAGGGGGGAUGUCUGUCUUCUUUUGGCCUCCUAGGCAACAGGCACAGUCCUCAGCUGGAGAGAACAAGCCACUUCCUAGCUGUGUGGUCUUGGGAAAAAUCACAUCCCUCUCUAAUUAUUUUCUUUACCAUAAUAUAACACUAGGUUUUUUUAAUUUUAUUUUAUUAUUAUUAUACUUUAGGUUCUGAUAUAUCUGUGUAGAACGUGCAGGUUUGUUACAUAGGUAUACACGUGCCAUGGUGGUUUGCUGCACCCAUCAACCCGUCGUCAACAUUAGGUAUUUCUCUUAAUGUUAUCCUUCCCCUGCCCCCCCACCCCCCCAGCAGACCCCAGUAUGUGAUGUUCCUCUCCUUCUCCUCGAUGUGUCCAUGUGUUCUCAUUGUUCACCUCCCACUUAUGAGUGAGAAUAUGCAGUGCUUGGUUUUCUGUUCUUGUGUUAGUUUGCUUAAAAUGAUGGUUUCCAGCUUCAUCGAUUUCCCUGCAAAGGACAUGAACUCAUCCUUUUUUAUGGCUGUAUAGUAUUCCAUGGUGUAUCUGUGCCACAUUUUCUUUAUCCAGUCUUUCAUUGAUGGGCUUUUGGGUUGGUUCCAAGUCUUUGCUAUUGUGAACAGUGCUGCAAUAAACAUGUGCAUGUGUCUAUAUAAUAGAAUGAUUUAUAAUCCUUUGGGUAUAUAACCAGUAAUGGGAUUGCUGGGUUAAAUGGUAUUUCUGGUUCUAGAUCCUUGAGGAAUUGCCACACUGUCUUCCACAAUGGCUGAACUAAUUUAAACUCCCACCAACAGGGUAAAAGUGUUCCUAUUUCUCCACAUCUUCUCCAGCAUCUGUUUCCUGACUUUUUAACGAUUGCCAUUCUAACUGGCAUGAGAUGGUAUCUCAUUGUGGUUUUGAUUUGUAUUUCUCUACUGGCCAGUGAUGAUAAGCCCUUUUUCAUGUUUGUUGGCCGCAUAAAUGUUUUCUUUUCAUUUUGAGGCUUACAUGGAAAGUUAGUGGAAAGCAGUGUGAAGACGCAAAGAUACAUCAGCGUUUGCUAGUUUAUUCCUGUUACCACCAUUGCUUCCACUACCACCAUCCCAGGGAGCUUCAGGUAAGAAACAGGGUCCACCUGUCAAUGUGUGAACCGUCCCACCCUGGCCUCCCAGGUGUUCACGGGAAAACCAGGGACAAAAGACCAGGGUACCUGCCGUCACUAGUGGGUCAGAGAUGACCCCACCAACCACUCCAAGGUUUCACCACCAACCCAUUCAUACAGGUGGGGUUUUAAGUAAAUGAAAAAUAUAGCCCCUCUUAAAACAAAAUUUAUAACCCAUCUUUCUGAACUUCCAGGUCCUGAGGCAGAGACACCUGGUGAGAGACUGCGGUAGGGACGAACACUUCGGGACUCAGUGCUUAAGUAUCCAGAGAGUCACCAGCCCAGGAUCUUUGGGGGGCUCUUGGAGAGUGAUGCAAGAAGUGAAUCCCCCAAACCAGCACCAGACUGGGGCUCCCAUAGGUUUGAUGACAUAUGGCCUGUGGACCCCAUCCUAGAACCAGAGAGGACAAUGAUCUUUUUUCCCGGGUUGCCCAGGAGGGUCUUGGCUCGGUUCUACAGCCCCAGCCUCAAUCCUAUUUCAAGAGCAUCUCUGUGACCAAGAUCACUAAGCCAGACGGGAGAGUGGAGGAGCGCAGGACAGCGGUGGACAGUGAGGGCUGGACAGAGGCCGCAAUAACUGGACAUGAAGCAGAUAGCAGUCCUAGGGUGAUCCAGAAUCACCAAGACCUCCAGCCCUGGAUGAUGCCUUCUCCAUCCUGGACUUAUUCCUAGGACGUUCGUUGGUUCUGGUCCCGAUAGUUUUGUUAACCCUCAGAGGCCUUCAAGUCCUUUCCACCUCUCACCCAUUGCCCACCAUCAAUAAGCUUAGCUGCUCCUCUCGCCACCUCAGGGGCUUGGAUAUGUGGAAUAGUGAAUUGGGGGUCGUCACUCGCCCAAACUGACCAAUAAAACCUUUAUUUAUGCUA